AUGGCAGAGCCGUACAAUACGCCCGUACCGGGCUCGACACCCCGCUCGGGAUCGCCUGUCCCCCAUCCGCUUCGCCACCCGACGCUGCUCAGCACAGCAGCAACCUCCACACCCAAACCACGGGUCCUGCAUCUCGGCGACCCUAUUCGCUUCAAUCCAGAUACAUAUGACAUCUUAUCAUCGCAGUAUGAAGUCGUUCGACCGUCAGCGGCAGAACGCGAGCGAGCACCGUUUAUCCAGAGUCUGAAAGAAGGAAAAUGGGGUAGCUUCCAGGCCAUCUUUCGGCCGUUUUGGCGGACAGGCGGUGAGAUGGGCCAGUGGGACGGGGAGUUGAUCGCCUUGCUGCCGGAGAGCGUGAAGGUGUUUUCGAGCGCGGGCACGGGAUAUGACUGGGUUGACACCAAGCUGUUGGGCGAACGAGGCGAGUGGCAUCUGGACACACACGAGGAGGAGCGAACGGCCUCGGCCGACGCAGUGGCCGACUUGGCCGUCGCCAUGAUCAUCUCCACAUUCCGCUAUAUACCCUGGUGCAUCACGGCCGCGACGGCCGCUUCGCCGUCCGCAUUCGCAGACUGCCACCUCAACUCACCCGCUCAAUGCCAUAACCUGCGAGGCCGCAUUCUUGGCAUCGUCGGCCUAGGAAAUAUCGGCCAACGCAUAGCUACGAGAUGCCACCUCGGAUUCGCCAUGGAGAUUCACUACUUUGACAUUGAGCGCAAGUCUGCCACGGUUGAGGGCGCCGUCUCCGUCAGGUUCCACGAGUCGCUGGAGUCGUUGCUCGAAACUGCCGAUUGUGUCAUAUUGUGCACACCUGUUGGAUUCGGUGGCGAAACAACGAUUAAUUCGUCCACGUUGAAGCAUUUCCGCCAAGGUGGGAGAUUUGUAAAUGUCUCAAGAGGCGCGUUAGUCAAUGAAGAUGACCUGGUGGCAGCGCUGGAGUCGCAGCGGCUCAGUUCUGUAGCGUUGGACGUGCAUGCCAAUGAACCACAUGUCCACGAGGGACUGAGGAAGUUUGCCGCAGAGGGGAGAGCCAUGCUGACUUGCCACAAUGGCGGUGGAACGGUCGAGACGCAUGCCGCAUUCGAGGAGUUGAGUAUGCGCAACGUCCUGGCGGUCUUGGGUGGCGGCCCAGCCUUCUCUGCUGUCAAUCUGGGCGACUUGAAGAGAUGA